UAAGCCGUAAUUAUACAACUAAUUAUACGGUUAUAUUUUACUAUUAACAUUAUAUCAAAAUCUACUUUUGAUACAGAAAAUGUCGACCAGUCACUACAACGUCUCUACAUUGGAAACUGAAAUAGAAUCUCCUAUUUGGAUGUUGUGCAUAAAUGUUCUUCUAGCAACCAUUGGUACUUGUGCAAAUUUAUCGGUGGUAAUUGUCUUUAUCAACUGCAAAAUUCAUCGUAGAUCCUUCCCCUAUUUAUUGGUAUUUCAACAAUCCUUGAUUGAUUUGUUAGCAAAUUGUCUCUUUCUUAUAUUUUAUUUUGUUUACCCAGUUGCAGCUGAAAAAUCAAACGACAUUUACUGCAAGUCAUCUAAAAUGUACUACUUCUUUUUAUCUGCCUCGUCGCUAAAUCUUGUUUUUAUUUCUGUGGAGAGAUACAUUGCAGUAGUGCAUCCGUUUCAGUACAGGAUAAGACGUAACAACAAGAGAAACAUGUUACCACAGCUGUCUCUUCCAUUCAUAGCGGCAUUUCUAAUAACAUUUCAUUCUGUCUUUUUAGUUGAACCUUAUCCCAAACAUUUGUGUAUCUCUUAUACAAAAAUAGAAGUCUUCAGAAUUUAUUCAGGUACCAUUUAUUUUCUAAAUGUGCUUGGUCCCAUUUGCGUUAUGAUAUUUUGUUACUAUCGUAUUUACGUCACAUUGACAAAACAAUUUAAAGUUCGAGCAGAAUUGACAAAUCAAUCAUCACAAAACCGUACUACCACUGCAGGUGAUAAUGACCAAAACGCACCGGAUGUUGAGAUGAGCAAUUCACCAAUACAAUCAUAUCAGGUAAACAAGGCUCAACGAAAUUUCAUCGAUACCAUGCUAAUCAAUACACUGAUCUAUAUCGUCUGUAAUGCUCCUCUGGCUUUCUUGUUUCUGGUUGAUACAAUUUGCGAGAUUUAUAUUCAUUACUUAUUUACAUACAUUUUCGCAUUGAUGAUGCUCUUAAACACGGCAGCCAAUCCGUUUGUUUACGCCUACAAAUUCAAUGAUUAUCGGAUUGGAUUAUCUAAGACAUUUUGUUGUCGUUAAAGAAUCUUAAUAUUUCAUCAUUAACAUCAUCACCACCACCACCGUUUUUGAUAUUAUCAUUAGGCCUACCAUACUCAUUCGUUAUCUUCAUGUCUCUCACCCAUCAUUAUUCAACUUUCGGAAGUGUGUGUCCAUGCAUUAUUCCUUUCCAUAGUAGACUGUGUUGCGAGUAGCGGGUGUUUCCAUCUUAUUACCACAAUAAUUAGCAUUACAGAAUUAGAAUUUUGCGUUUUGUAAUUUGUCCGUUUUUACCCACUUAUCUGUUAUUUUUUUGUGAAAU